GGAGGAUGCGUCCCGGGCUCCAUGCGCUGCAAUGGCUGAGGGACUGGACAUGAAGCUAGUAUCGUGAAAAUAACGGAAGGGAGCAUUCUGUUGUACCGAUGUGCUGCGUCAUUGACAGCCGUGGUCAAGAUCUAUCUCGAAGCUCGGCUCGAAGUCUUCAAGUUCGGGAGCUGCAGCUGACGGUGGAUUGAGGACUGUCAAGCUGCCCACCACUUACAAAGUACCAAGUAAUUACUCAGACAACCCGCCCACUACUGCUAUUCUACUAUGUCGUACUUGAAUGCUAUAGCUUGAAUAAAGUGGGCAAUAAGGCUUCGGUGACACCACGCCCACCGUGACAGCCAGCAAAAGCACUGAUGUCUAAACAAUGAAUUUUGUGGAUAGGCCAAACAAAUCCUGCUCUGAGACGAGACGAUUACGCCUGCGCCCGGACUUGUCUUGAUAUCGAGCACACCUGCGUUUAUUAUCUGGGCUCCUUAUCUCGUAGCGAUCACAACGGCAGGACUACAAGUAGUACCACUGGAGGUAGCUUGCGAGCUCGACUGAAAGGCACCUUACUAGGACUUAUCCACAGCUUGGAGCAGUCGAUUGCUGCACUGGUACUGUAGUGGUUGUGUGCUGUGCAUGUGCACUAUUCAAGGUCGUUACGCAGUACUAUCUCAGCUGAGUAUUAGGUACGGACCUUCACUACCACCGUUGGAUCCAUCCACCGCAUCCCAAAAACCAGCUUCCACCUCCCGCGCUUCUGUUCUGACCUCUGUCACUCCUUUGCUGCCCCUAGAAGUGCUCGAAGCACACUGCAAAGCAGAGAUUCCCCAGAGUCACCUAGCGUUCGUUUGCGCGGCUGGAGGCCGUCUACUCUGCAAUCAACGCUCUCUGCACGCUGACCAAAACCAUCCGGACCUGCCGCACUUCGACCGAGACACAGUCCGCAUGCCUACACGACAACCAACCCGCGACCGUUCUAUGGCCCUGUUCACAAGUUAAUUGACUGAACAAUAUGAACCGGCGAUAGUCUGAGAAAAAAAAAAAACCGCGGUGGUUCUCUUACAUCCAGAAAUAAUUCAUAAUUCAAGAGGCUGGCUACUCGAUCUGAACCAGUGGUGUCACUUGGCUUUGGGUUCCAAUACCAGGAUAUCAGCGACCCAGCCUCCUGCAGCUCUGUCCUACACACUUUCUGCAAAAUCUCCAACUAGUCGACCGCUGAGCUCGGAGCCAGGACUUUGGCACCAUGGCGUCGGUGCGCUCAGGCCUCCGGUAUUCCUGGCUGGGUCUGUGGUUAACGCUGCUCACAUUCCUGUCGUUCAAUGUUCUUGCUGGGGCCGAAGAGACACAAUGGAUCAAAUACACUGGCAAUCAAGGCACAGUAUGGCUCAAAGACGAUCGGAGGCCUUCAUUAUACACGCAGAAUUUUGGCGAUUGCCAGGGAGACUCUCUGAUCAAUGUCACUCGCUUCGAUGCUGCGUACUACAAGGACAACAUGACGGUUCUGUUUCACUUGGAAGGAAAUUCUGCUUUGAAGAAUGAGAGCUUGAUGCUCUACAUCGGUGUUUUCGCUUACGGGGAGUCUCGUUUUAAUCUGACCUUCAACCCAUGUAAUGCCAACAUUGACAGUCUCUGUCCACUGAACUCCUCAGUACCGAUCUUUGCGAACGGCAUCAUUCCUGUGUCACAGGCGGACGUGGCCAACAUCCCGUCUAUUGCGCUCACGAUCCCGGAUUUCGAGGGCCAGGCCAUCCUGCGAAUCUUUGCCAACUCAACACAGUCUCAGAUUGCCUGUUUCUCUGCGGUCGUCACCAAUGGCGCCACAUUUUCCCAUCCGGUUGCUAUCGGUUCUGUUUUGGGCGUAUUCACCGUGGUGGCCCUGGUUUCGUCCGUUGCGGUCUCCAUGUAUGGUCAAAGCAUCCCAGAAACCCGCAAACAUUAUGCACAUUCGAUAUCGAUGUUGGUGGUGUUCUCCGUCUAUCAGCAUAUCUUCUUCACGGGAGGCUUGUCGAUGAACUGGCCGAGUGUGUUGGUUUCGUUCUGGAGCAAUUACGCUUGGUCAGGCGGUAUAAUAUACAGCCAGAAGAUGCAAAACUCGAUCAACCAAUUCAUUGGUGGGAACCGAGGCAAUAUCAGUAUGGUUGGAGCAGCCCCAAGCGGUGAGAAUGCAGUGGGAUUGGGAGGGGGAUAUGAGAUCUCGCAGAUCUACAAGCGUGCGACAGCGGCAUUACUUCCUUUCCAGUCGUAUGAAGGUACUGGCACAACCUUUCGUCCCACCGAAUUGGAACACGUUCUGUGGAGGAGAGCGACAGACAAUGCAACCAUGGCUUCCCCAUGGCACGGCACACCCGUCCUUCCAGGAUUACCAUUGCCUGGAAACUAUUCCGGCUUUGCGGGGACCUUGGCCGAGUUGAACAUCCCAGCCUCUAACGCCUUCUUGACUGGGCUCCUAUGGUUUCUGAUCUUGGUCGCAUGUCUUCUGGCAGCUGUGGCCGUAUUGAAAUGGACAUUCGAGGGUUUGGCAGCCGUUCGGGUCGUUCGCACGGACCGACUUGCCUAUUUUCGAAAACAUUGGCUGUGGUUUGCCGGUGCGGCGGUACUACGGGCCUGCUACAUCGCCUUUUUCAUGAUGAUGUUUCUGACCAUGUUCCAGUUCACGCUGGGUGGAGCAACGGGCGUCAAGGCCAUUGCUGCUGUCGUCUUUGUGAUUUUCCUCGUUGGAAUGUUCGGUGUCGCUGCAUAUGCUUUGUGGUACAGAACGAAAUCCGCCGCACUGGUUGAAGAAGUCGGCCAAGCCAAUCCCGGGCCCAACGACGCCGAAAAGACGGCUCAAACUGCGUGGUAUAAAGGUGGCUGGCUCCGGACACCCGACAAGAGUACUGGUGGACAAGCGACAGAGAAACAACCGACGUGGCUACAACGGCAUCUGCCUGAUUUAGACUCCGGUCGUGUUCAUGUCCAUGACGACGAGAACUACAUGACCAGAUUCGGGUGGUUGGCUGCGCGGUUUCGUCGCAGCAAGUGGUGGUUCUUCUCUGCCUGGUUGCUAUACGAGCUGGUCAGGGCCGCUUUCUACGGCGGUGCUGCAGGUCACGCGCUCGUCCAAGUGUUUGGCCUCCUGGCAUGGGAGACGAUUUCCCUGGUUGCCAUUGUCUUGAUGAAGCCAUUUGAGAGUAACCGGCUCAACCUGCUCAUGGUAUACCUCUUGGGCUUCAGCAAGGUUGUCACCGUGGCCUUAUCAUCUGCCUUUGACGCUCGGUUUGGCCUGGGCCGCAUCUUGACGACCGUGAUUGGGGUGAUCAUCAUCGUCAUCCAAGGUGUUCUCACCAUCUGCCUGAUGGUUGCGAUUAUCCUGGGAGCGAUCUCAAGCUAUAUGUCCAUCACUCGAUACCGCGAGAAGAUCAAGCCUCAAUCAUGGCAUGGGCCACGCACGCGGUAUUUUGCACAUGUCGACCACAAAGCCACGGACCGGCCCAAGCCUCCACCGCCGUCCGCUCCGGAGCCAGAAGCCCCCAAAGAACCAUAUUUCUCAGUGUCGUCUGUUCGGCGACAACCCAAAAUCGAAGACGAAGAUCCUGACAUCGAAUACUACCAGUCACCGCGCAUGUCCGCAUCUAUGGACCCCGAGCCGGGUCCGAGUCGUCAACCAACUGCGUCUCGGGCACAAUCUAUACGAUCUCGAACUAGUGUGUCGAACCUCCCAUAUGGCGCAAGACCACACCGGGCGAGUUGGAGCACCAGAGACUUUCAGGAUUGGGAGGCCCAGCGGGGUGGAACUCCCAUCAACUCUAGGAUGAGCACGGAGAACAUACAAGAUGUCUCCAGAAGGCACCGGGCACAAAGCUUGCGAGGACCAUCACGAAGUGGGCCAAUGGGGUUUGGGCCUGCAACGCCGCCCAACGGGUCGGAUGUUCAGUUGCAGCUCAAUCGACAUCGACGCAGCAUGUCUACGCCUUUGGGACCGAAUCGAAAUAGCUCUGUUGUGAACGAAGAAACGGAAAAUGAGCCAGCCGGGAAUUGAAGCAGCAGCCAACCCCGAGCGGUCAGCCACGAAUCUGACGACUUGAUGAACAGAAACUUGAAUGUAAUCAAAUAGCUUGCCAGCCAGGGGAAACGACCUUGGUUUUGGGCAAUCACUAACGAACGACAUAAUAUCUUGCGAGCAUGCAUCAUGAUGGCGAAAGAGCAUGUCUUUGGGCCCAGCACGGUGACUUGGUUGAGCACAGUUAGUGGCUUCAUCGGUUCUUUCUGGUAGAUAGGGUCGUGACCCUUUACUUUGCAUGCAUAAUAGGUUGGUAGGGUGAUUCAAUGCUGCGGACGAAUUUGUCUAUAUGCAAGCGACGUGAUGACAGAGGACAAUGGACUACAUUGAUGUCUACUUGCACUGCAGCUGUAGGUUGUACAGUACAACUGUAGUGUUACUGUAGGUUCACUUCAAGUUGAGGUUCACGUAGGUACCUAUGUCUUCGCUGCUUUGAUGUGAAAAUACAAUGUAC